GGCUCGGUCGUGUAAACGCGACGGCGUCCUCGGAGGACACAUGGAAGCCGAAAUCGAAGACAAGCGUGUACCCGAUCUAUGAAAAUUCGCGUAUCGCCACGUCUGCCGCGGCGUAUCGCGCGACCGAACGGUCCCAAGGAAAAGGUGCUUUCCAUAAAUUCGGCCGGAAUUCCGGGCAACCUCGACGUAAUCGCACGGUCAUCGCACAUGUCCGACGCAAGAAAUUAACAUCGGUAUCGAUAAACGGAAAAUUGCAAGAAGGACGAACCGCAUACCGUACCGAGCCGUACCGCGCGGUGCCGCUACGUACAUCGCCGAUCCCCGUCGCACCCCGCAGCGCGUCCCGCGGAAACGAAAGUGGUGGAAGAGGGUAGAAAAACUGCGGCAGUAUCAAUUGCUAAAAAGAAGAGCAGUCGACGACGAUCGGCAAAACCGUCGCGCGAAGGAGGUUCGAGCAGCAGGAGCCCGCGAUUACCAUACCGAUUGGCUUCGAUGAACCGCUGGGCGAUCGUCGCGUUCGCGGCAUGCCUGCUAGGGCUGUGCGGCUCGGCGCCGCACUCUGCCGAUCUUGCGAUUUCACCGGCGUCUCUGACGGAGCUCGAGGAUCAAGCGCCAGUCUCCGCGGUCAGAUUCCGAAGAUCGAGCGAGGACGACGGGAGUUCCGUGACGGAAGAGAGCAACGCGACCCACGGGAUCACCGAUGUAAUCCGGCAUCCGGUCACGGAGCUGCGUGACGGCUUGCGAGCCGCGUGCCGCGUCGUCAUCAACGCUGGUCGUCGCGUUCUCGCGCCGAUCGAAGGGUUGCUGAGACGGUUGCUGGAGCUCGUUCGCUCGGUGUUCGGCGGAUCGGCGAACAGACAGCGCAGAUCGGCCGGAUUCAUGGAGAACUUCACCCCUUGGCUGAAACGGGCGCAAGGAGUGCUCGAGCGGUCGCAGAGGUUCAUGCGCGAGGUCGGCGAGCUGGUCGAGGGGAGAUCCCUGAGGAAGCGACGGCAACUGCUGUCGGGACUGGAGAACUUGGUCGGACAUGUCGUGGGCUCUGUGGAGAACGUCGCGGGAUCGGUGCUACCGCAACCCGUCACGCAUCCCGUGAAAUUCCUGAGUAACGUGACGAGCAACGCCGGAAGCUACGCCGCCGAUGGGCUCACGAGGUUCCUGACGGAAGUGACGCGUAGGACCUUGCGAUUCCUGUCUACGACGGGCCUGCCCUGGACGCACCGUAUCCUCAACGAAUUAGACAGCACCAACCAGUUGCCGCCUGUCGCUCACAUGAUCAUACAAAAUUUUAACGUCGCCUACAACCUGAUCAGGUUGCUCGGUUACGUCAAUUAACGCCGAGUGACGCAGACACGCUGUACGUCACAUUGUUGUACGAGAAUCCCGAAUAAGCGGCGACCGUUCGAAAUAAAGUAGAACGCUGAAUACUA